AUGAUAUGGAAUGGCUUCACGCCAUUAUAUAUGGCAGCCCAGGAGAACCACCUGGAAGUUGUCAGAUUUCUUCUGGAUAAUGGUGCCAGCCAGAGCCUGGCCACAGAGGAUGGCUUCACGCCACUGGCUGUAGCUCUGCAGCAAGGUCAUGACCAAGUUGUGUCACUCCUGCUCGAAAAUGACACAAAGGGAAAAGUGCGUCUCCCAGCCCUCCAUAUCGCAGCCCGGAAAGAUGACACAAAGGCAGCGGCUCUGCUCCUGCAGAAUGACAACAAUGCCGACGUGGAGUCAAAGAGUGGCUUCACCCCGCUCCACAUAGCUGCCCACUACGGGAAUAUUAACGUGGCUACGUUGCUGUUAAACCGAGCAGCUGCCGUGGACUUCACCGCACGGAAUGACAUCACUCCCUUACAUGUUGCCUCGAAACGAGGGAACGCGAAUAUGGUGAAGCUAUUGCUCGACCGGGGUGCGAAGAUCGAUGCCAAGACCAGGAAUGGGCGGCCCGUCUCAGCUGAUGGGCAGAACAGUCUGAACGGCUUCACCCCUCUCCAUAUCGCCUGCAAAAAGAACCGGAUCAGAGUAAUGGAACUCCUCUUGAAGCACGGUGCAUCUAUACAAGCCGUAACCGAGUCGGGCCUUACCCCAAUCCAUGUUGCUGCCUUCAUGGGACAUGUAAAUAUCGUGUCACAGCUAAUGCAUCAUGGAGCCUCCCCAAACACCACCAAUGUGAGAGGAGAAACAGCAUUGCACAUGGCGGCUCGGUCGGGCCAAGCAGAAGUGGUGCGGUAUCUGGUACAAGACGGAGCUCAGGUAGAAGCAAAAGCUAAGGAUGACCAGACCCCACUCCACAUUUCAGCCAGACUGGGGAAGGCGGAUAUAGUGCAGCAAUUGUUGCAGCAAGGAGCAUCUCCCAAUGCAGCAACAACUUCCGGGUACACCCCGCUUCACCUUUCGGCCCGAGAGGGGCAUGAGGAUGUAGCUGUGUUCCUUCUGGACCAUGGAGCAUCUUUAUCCAUAACAACAAAGAAGGGAUUCACUCCUCUCCAUGUAGCUGCAAAAUACGGAAAGCUUGAAGUAGCAAACCUCCUGUUGCAGAAGAGUGCAUCUCCGGAUGCUGCUGGGAAGAGCGGGCUAACUCCACUGCAUGUAGCCGCACACUACGAUAACCAGAAAGUGGCCCUUCUGCUUUUGGACCAGGGAGCCUCACCUCACGCAGCUGCAAAGAAUGGUUAUACGCCACUGCACAUUGCUGCCAAGAAGAACCAGAUGGACAUAGCGACUUCUCUGCUGGAGUAUGGUGCUGAUGCAAAUGCGGUUACCCGGCAAGGGAUUGCUUCCGUCCAUCUUGCAGCUCAGGAAGGGCACGUGGACAUGGUUUCGCUGCUCCUCAGUAGAAAUGCCAAUGUGAACCUGAGCAAUAAGAAUGGCCUCACCCCACUCCAUCUGGCUGCUCAAGAAGACAGAGUGAAUGUGGCUGAAGUCCUCGUCAACCAAGGGGCCCAUGUAGAUGCACAGACAAAGAUGGGCUACACGCCACUCCAUGUGGGCUGUCACUAUGGAAACAUCAAAAUAGUCAAUUUUCUGCUGCAGCACUCUGCAAAAGUUAACGCCAAAACAAAGAAUGGAUACACACCACUGCACCAGGCAGCUCAGCAAGGCCACACCCAUAUCAUCAACGUCUUGCUUCAGAACAAUGCCUCACCCAAUGAACUCACUGUGAACGGGAACACAGCCCUGGCCAUUGCCCGGCGCCUUGGCUACAUCUCAGUGGUUGACACACUGAAGGUCGUGACAGAGGAAACUAUGACCACCACUACCAUCACCGAGAAGCACAAGAUGAAUGUUCCAGAAACGAUGAAUGAAGUUCUCGAUAUGUCAGAUGAUGAAGUUCGUAAAGCCAACGCCCCCGAAAAGCUCAGUGACGGGGAAUAUAUCUCAGAUGUUGAAGAAGGUGAAGAUGCCAUCACAGGGGACACUGACAAGUAUCUCGGGCCACAGGACCUUAAGGAACUGGGCGAUGACUCCCUGCCAGCGGAGGGUUAUGUGGGCUUCAGUCUCGGAGCCCGUUCUGCCAGCCUCCGCUCCUUCAGUUCGGAUAGGUCAUACACCUUGAACAGAAGCUCCUACGCUCGGGACAGCAUGAUGAUUGAGGAACUUCUGGUGCCAUCAAAAGAGCAGCACCUAACAUUCACAAGGGAGUUUGAUUCAGAUUCUCUCAGACACUACAGCUGGGCAGCAGACACCUUAGACAAUGUGAACCUGGUCUCAAGCCCUGUGCAUUCUGGGUUUCUCGUUAGCUUUAUGGUGGACGCGAGAGGGGGGUCCAUGAGAGGAAGCCGCCACCAUGGGAUGCGGAUCAUCAUCCCUCCGCGCAAGUGUACGGCCCCCACCCGAAUCACCUGCCGCCUGGUAAAGAGACAUAAGCUGGCCAACCCACCCCCCAUGGUGGAAGGAGAGGGAUUAGCCAGUAGGCUGGUAGAAAUGGGUCCUGCGGGGGCACAAUUUUUAGGCCCUGUUAUAGUAGAAAUUCCUCAUUUUGGGUCCAUGAGAGGGAAGGAGCGGGAACUUAUUGUUCUUCGGAGUGAAAAUGGGGAGACCUGGAAGGAGCAUCAAUUUGACAGCAAAAACGAAGACCUCACCGAGCUGCUGAAUGGCAUGGAUGAAGGUAAUGAUGCCCCUCGAUUCCAUGAGUGUAGAUGGGGAGAAAGCAAGGGACUGACAGUCGUGUCAGAAGGCUCCUUGAACAUGAGAGUAAAUGUCUUUGCCAUUUCAAUGACCAAGUUUAUAAUGUUUGACUUGGGAUCUGUUAGACUGAUUUUUCUUUACAUUGUAUUUCAUAAUUCAAUUAUUUUUUUUGAUGUAGGGGAUAAACACACUAAAAACAUUUGCACUCCCAGGGGGUCAUACCCCCAGCCCCUGAUUUUCUUCAUUGUGAGUUCUUCGGGGUUUAUUUUACUUUUUUGUUAUUAUUGGGUUUUAUUUUUCCAUUUUCCCACUUUGUGUUUUGUUUUUCUCAGAUUUUGGCUUGCAGACUGCCACCAGGUUUUAGAAACUGUAGGGUUGGCCUCACAACUGUACAGAGAAUUGAUAUGUGUCCCCUACAUGGCCAAGUUUGUUGUUUUUGCCAAAACAAAUGACCCAGUGGAAUCCUCCCUUCGAUGCUUCUGCAUGACGGACGACAGGGUGGACAAAACCCUGGAGCAGCAGGAGAACUUCGAGGAGGUGGCCAGGAGCAAAGACAUUGAGGUUCUGGAAGGAAAGCCCAUAUUCGUUGAUUGCUAUGGAAACCUGGCCCCUCUUACCAAAGGAGCUCAGCAGCUUGUUUUUAACUUCUAUUCUUUCAAAGAAAACAGACUUCCAUUUUCCAUCAAGGUUAGAGACACCAGCCAAGAGCCCUGUGGCCGUCUGUCUUUCCUGAAAGAGCCGAAGACAACAAAGGGAUUACCCCAAACAGCUGUUUGCAACUUAAAUAUUACUCUACCUGCACAUAAAAAGGAGACAGAGUCAGAUCAAGAUGAUGAGGCUGAGAAAGCGGACAGACGUCAGAGCUUUGCAUCUUUAGCUUUACGUAAGCGCUACAGCUACUUGACUGAGCCUGGCAUGAUUGAACGGAGUUCAGGAACAGCAAGAUCCCUCCCCACCACUUACUCAUACAAGCCAUUCUUUUCUACAAGACCUUACCAGUCCUGGACCACAGCUCCAGUCACAGUACCCGGGCCGGCCAAGUCAGGCUUUGCCUCCUUAUCCAGCUCCUCCUCUAACACGCCAUCAGCAUCUCCGUUAAAAUCCAUAUGGUCUGUUUCGACUCCUUCUCCAAUCAAAUCCACACUAGGCACAUCAACUACAUCGUCGGUCAAAUCCAUUAGUGACGUGGCAUCUCCUAUUAGAUCUUUUCGGACAAUUUCUUCGCCAAUAAAAACAGUGGUGUCACCAUCUCCAUACAAUAUCCAAGUUGCCUCUGGUACCCUGGGGAGAGCUCCCACAGUCACCACCGAGGCUACGCCCUUAAAGGGGCUGGCACCCACCUCAACCUUUUCCUCUCGAACUUCUCCUGUGACAACCGCAGGGUCUCUUUUAGAGAGGUCAUCCAUUACUAUGACACCCCCCGCCUCCCCCAAAUCAAACAUUACUAUGUAUUCCUCAAGCUUGCCAUUUAAGUCGAUUAUCACCUCAGCAGCACCGCUGAUCUCUUCACCUUUGAAGUCAGUGGUAUCUCCAACUAAGUCCGCAGCCGAUGUCAUCUCAUCAGCUAAAGCUACGAUGGCAUCGUCUCUCUCCUCCCCCUUAAAGCAGAUGUCUGGACAUGCAGAGGUAGCGCUGGUCAAUGGGUCUGUUUCUCCUCUGAAGUACCCUUCAUCUUCAGCUUUAAUUAAUGGAUGCAAAGCCACUGCCACGUUACAGGACAAAAUUUCUACAGCUACAAAUGCUGUGAGUUCAGUGGUGAGCGCAGCCACUGACACGGUGGAGAAAGCACUCUCUACCACAACAGCCAUGCCCUUUUCCCCACUCAGGUCCUAUGUGUCUGCAGCCCCCUCGGCUUUUCAGUCUCUUAGAACGCCCUCCGCAAGUGCACUCUACACCUCCCUCGGGUCUUCAAUAUCUGCUACUACCUCAUCCGUAACGUCAUCAAUAAUCACAGUGCCAGUAUACUCGGUAGUCAAUGUUUUGUCCGAACCAGCAUUGAAGAAACUUCCAGACUCUAAUUCGCUCACAAAAUCGGCAGCGGCUUUGCUGUCACCCAUUAAAACAUUGACUACGGAGACACGCCCCCAGCCCCAUUUCAAUCGAACUUCAUCUCCUGCUAAGUCAUCUCUGUUCCUCACACCCUCUGCCCUUAAGCUGUCGGCACCAUCUUCUUUAUCUUCCAGUCAGGAGAUCUUAAAGGACGUGGCUGAAAUGAAGGAGGACCUCAUGAGAAUGACCGCCAUCCUGCAGACAGACGUGCCUGAGGAAAAGCCAUUCCAACCGGACCUUCCCAAAGAAGGGAGGAUAGAUGAUGAAGAACCUUUCAAAAUUGUCGAGAAAGUGAAGGAAGACUUAGUGAAAGUCAGUGAGAUCCUCAAAAAGGAUGUGUGUGUUGACAGCAAAGGGCCACCUAAAUCCCCAAAGAGUGACAAAGGACAUUCUCCAGAGGAUGAUUGGAUAGAAUUCAGUUCUGAGGAAAUACAAGAAGCCAGGCAGGCUGCUGCCAGCCACACCCCAUCACCGCCUGAGAAAGUGCAUGGGAAGGCCAACCUGAGUCGAGUCAUUGACUACUUGACCAAUGACAUUGGGAGCAGUUCAUUGACCAACUUAAAGUGCAAGUUUGAAGAUGCCAAGAAGGAUGGAGAGGAGAGACAGAAAAGGAUUCUCAAGCCAGCCAUGGCCUUGCAGGAGCAUAAACUCAAAAUGCCGCCAGCCUCCAUGAGGCCUUCCACCUCCGAGAAGGAAUUGUGCAAGAUGGCUGACUCUUUCUUUGGAUCAGAUGCCAUCUUAGAGUCUCCUGAUGACUUUUCUCAACACGACCAAGAUAAAAGUCCCUUGUCCGACAGUGGCUUUGAAACCAGAAGCGAGAAAACACCAUCAGCACCACAAAGUGCUGAGAGCACAGGCCCUAAGCCACUUUUUCAUGAAGUUCCCAUCCCUCCCGUCAUCACAGAGACAAGGACUGAAGUGGUCCAUGUGAUCAGGAGCUAUGAGCCCUCUACUGGUGACAUCCCCCAGUCUCAGCCAGAGGACCCUAUGUCCCCCAAACCGUCAGCUACAUUUAUGGAGUUGGAGCCAAAGCCUACCACCUCUAGCAUUAAGGAAAAAGUAAAAGCAUUUCAAAUGAAAGCCAGUAGUGAGGAAGAGGAUCACAGUCGGGUUUUAAGUAAAGGCAUGCGUGUCAAAGAGGAGACUCAUAUCACCACAACCACCAGGAUGGUGUAUCACUCCCCUCCCGGCAGUGAGUGUGCCUCAGAAAGAAUUGAGGAAACCAUGUCAGUCCACGACAUCAUGAAAGCCUUUCAGUCUGGGCGAGACCCUUCCAAAGAGCUGGCAGGGCUGUUUGAACACAAGUCGGCCAUGUCUCCAGAUGUCCCCAAGUCUGCUGCUGAGACCUCAGCCCAGCACGCAGAGAAGGACAACCAAAUGAAACCCAAACUGGAGCGUAUAAUAGAAGUCCACAUCGAAAAAGGUAACCAAGCUGAACCCACUGAAGUCAUUAUUAGAGAGACCAAAAAGCACCCAGAGAAGGAAGUACCUGGGUGUCAGAAAGACUUAUCCCGGGGAAGUAUUAACUUAAAAGAUUUUCUGCCAGAGAAACACGAUGCUUUUCCUUGCCCCGAGGAGCAGGGUCAGCAAGAAGAAGAAGAACUUGCAGCAGAAGAGUCCUUGCCUUCUUAUCUGGAAUCUUCCAGAGUAAACACUCCAGUGUCCCAAGAAGAAGAUAGCCGCCCCAGUUCCGCACAGCUCCUAUCCGAUGACUCUUAUAAAACACUGAAGCUGUUGAGUCAGCACUCCGUAGAAUACCAUGAUGAUGAGUUGUCAGACCUAAGAGGGGAGUCUUACAGGUUUGCUGAGAAAAUGCUCCUGUCAGAGAAGUUAGAUGUUUCUCACUCUGAUACCGAGGAGUCGGUGACAGACCCUGUAGGACCCCCUAGCUCACAGUUACAGAGGUCUGAUAAGCGCUCCAGAGAUAAAGUAGCCACUGCCCCCCAGAAAGAAAUCCUCUCCAAAAUCUAUAAAGAUGUGUCUGAAAAUGGUAUAGGGAGAGUGUCUAAAGAUGAGCAUUUUGAUAAAGUGACAGUGUUGCACUAUGCGGGUAAUGUCAGUGGUCCAAAACAUGCCAUGUGGAUGCACUUGUCUGAGGACAGACUAGACAGAGGUAGAGAAAAGUUAAUAUAUGAAGAUAGGGUGGACAGGACUGUGAAGGAGGCUGAAGAGAAAUUGACUGAAGUGUCACAGUUUUUUCGUGACAAAACCGAGAAGCUAAAUGAUGAACUGCAGUCCCCGGAGAAAAAGCCACGCCCCAAAAAUGGCAAAGAAUGCUCUUCCCAGAGUUCCACCAGCAGUAGUCCCGAGAGGGUGUUAACAGAACUAUUGGCAUCCAAUGACGAAUGGGUUAAGGCCAGGCAGCGUGGUCAAGAUGGACAAGGUGUCCCUCAGGCUGAGGACAGGAAGACACACAGUGGGUCCAGCAGCCCAGAGAAGAGGGUCCCUUCCCAACAGAGUGAGGAUGGCCAGCCUACAGAGGAAGCCAAAAGAACUGUCAUUGCUCAGGGCAGGGGACCAGAAGGGCCCCAGUCUGGGUUUCAGCUCAAACAAUCUAAACUCAGUUCCAUACGAUUAAAAUUUGAACAAGGCACCCGUGCAAAAAGUAAGGACCCAUCUCAGGAAGAGAAAAAUCUGGAAGGCCCAUCCCGAAUCCCAGUUAAGAAAACUCAAGAAAACAAGCUUCCCACACACCCAGGUUUUGCUAGAGAAAAACAGCAGAAGGCCGUAGACCUCUCAGAGGAGAGAGGGCCAGUGCAAAAUGAUGUUACCAUAGUCAAAGUCGAGCAUACCAAAAACAAUGACAUUGUUGUGAAUGAAUCUGGCCCCGAUGAUGCCAAAAGACACAGAACUGAGAUGCUAAGUAAGGCAAUGCCCGAGUUCUUCCCUGAGCAGCAGGCUGAAGAAGACUCGGCCUGUCCCAUGACAUCAGACCUAGCAACCAAGGGACCAUGGGACAGAAAGGUCUUUAGAACAUGGGAAAGUUCUGGGGCCAGUAACAAUGAGGCUCAGAGAGAGAAACUGUCGCAUGUGCUUGUUCACGAUAUCAGAGAGAGUCAUACUGGUCGCCCCGACGAGAGCGAGAAUGCUGAUCCAAAGAAUGAAUUUAUGUGUGUGACUGAGAGAGAACACAAAUUGUUAACGAAUGGCUCUCUCUCAGAAAUUAAGGAAAUGAGUGUAAAAUCUCCCUCCAAGAAAGUGUUAUACAGGGAAUAUAUUGUUAAAGAAGGGGACCGUCCUCCCAGCAGCGCUCUCCACCAUCUUCCCAGGAAAAGCGAGAGCUCAGUGGGAUCUCACAUUCCCAUCAGGGUGGCAGACGAGAGGAAGAUGCUGCCUUCUAACAUUCCUGAUGGGUUUUGUGAGCAGUCAACAUUUCCAAAACAUGAACUAUCCCAAAAAGUGUCACGGUCAAGUGUGAGCAAAGAGAUAGUGGAGAAUCAGCACUUUAAUUCCAUAGAUGAUGAAAAAGUUACCUAUUCUGAGAUCAGCAAAGUUUCCAAACAGAGUUACGUAGGCCUCUGUCCAGUUCUCGAUGAAACCGAGACCUCUCCCACCAGAUCUCCCGAUUCGUUAGAGUUUAGCCCAGGAAAGGACUCUCCUUCUAGUGAUGUGUUCGACCACGGUUCCAUGGAGGGGUUGGAGAAGCUUGCUCCACUAGCCCAGAUAGAGGGAGGGAAAGAGAUCAAAACCUUACCUGUUUAUGUCAGCUUCGUACAAGUGGGGAAACAGUAUGAAAAGGAACUCCAACAAGGAGGUGUAAAAAAAAUCAUAAGUCAGGAAUGUAAGACAGUGCAGGAAGCCAGGGGAACCUUCUAUACAGCCAGACAGCAAAAGCAGCCUCCUUCUCCCCAGGGCAGUCCAGAAGACGAUACUCUAGAGCAAGUGUCCUUUCUAGACAGCUCUGGGAAGAGCCCUUUGACCCCAGAAACUCCCAGCUCAGAGGAAGUGAGUUAUGAGUUCACCUCUAAGACGCCAGACUCCCUCAUAGCUUUUAUACCGGGACAACCUAGCCCAAUUCCCGAGGUUUCUGAGGAGUCGGAGUCGGAGGAACCCAAAUCAGCCCCCCUAAAGCAGGUGACUGUGGAGCGGGAAACGGAUCGUGAUGUGAGCAGAGACUCGACCCAAAGACCCAAAUGUAACCGAGUUGCCUAUAUUGAGUUUCCUCCUCCUCCCCCUCUGGAUGCUGACCAGAUGGAAUCAGAUAAGAAACAUCAGUAUCUCCCUGAAAGGGAGGUUGACAUGAUUGAGGUCAACCUUCAGGAUGAGUGUGACAAGUACCAGUUGGCUGAACCCGUCAUCCGAGUGCAGCCCCCAUCACCGGUCCCUCCUGGCGCUGAUGCCAGUGACUCCAGCGAUGAUGAUGAGUCCAUGUAUCAACCAGUCCCGGUUAAAAAGUACACCUUCAAGUUAAAGGAAGUUGAUGAAGGACAGAAAGACAUGGCCAAAUCCAAAACUGCUGCUACGAAGGCUUCCAACCAGAAAGAGGUGGAGAGUAAUGGGAGAGAGAGUGAGUCUGGCCUUGACUCCCCUCAGAACGAAACAGCUCAGAAUGGAAACAAUGACCAGUCUGUCACUGAGUGUUCCAUCGCAACCACGGCCGAGUUUUCCCAUGACACCGAUGCCACCGAGAUUGACUCUCUGGAUGGCUAUGACCUACAAGAUGAGGAUGAUGGCCUAACAGAGAGUGACUCUAAACUCCCCAGUCAAACUGUGGACACCAAGAAGGACGUCUGGACAGAGGGCAUCCUGAAGCCGGCCGACCGCUCUUUCAGUCAGAGUAAACUAGAAGUUAUUGAGGAGGAGGGGAAAGUAGGACUGGAUGAAGAGAAGCCAUCGUCUUCCAAAAGCUCUUCAUCGGAUAGAACCCCAGAGAAGAGCGAUCCCAAGUCAGGGGCCCAGUUCUUCACCCUGGAAGGCAGACAUCCAGACAGAUCGGUGUUUCCUGAUACUUACUUCAGUUACAAAGUUGAUGAAGAAUUCGCCACUCCUUUUAAAACAGUAGCGACCAAGGGUCUAGAUUUUGACCCUUGGCCCAAUAACCGAGGGGACAAUGAAGUUUUUGACGGUAAAUCUCGGGAAGAUGACACUAAGCCAUUUGGUCUGGCGGUGGACGACCGCUCUCCGGCAACCACCCCUGACACAACGCCGGCCAGAACACCAACUGAUGAGAGUACCCCAACUAGCGAGCCUAACCCCUUUCCAUUUCAUGAGGGGAAAAUGUUUGAGAUGACCCGCAGUGGUGCAAUUGACAUGAGCAAGAGAGAUUUUGUGGAAGAGAGGCUCCAAUUUUUCCAGAUUGGUGAGCAUACUCCUGAAGGGAAGUCAGGGGCCCAGGGGGAAGGGGAUAGCAGUAUGGUCACUGACACCCCACAGCCACAGUCAGGGGACACCUCGGUAGACAACAAUCUAGAGAGAGAUGUAGAGGCACCUACAGUUGAACCCAACCCCAGCAUCCUGACCAUCGGAGAGUGUCAGGAAGGCGCAGCCUGUAGUGGCUCUCUGGAGAAGUCAGCAGCUGCUGCUAAUACCUCAAAAGUUGACCCCAAGUCACGCACGCCUAUAAAAAUGGGAAUUUCCGCAUCUACCAUGACCAUGAAGAAAGAAGGCUCUGGAGAAGUGACAGAUAAGAUAGAGGCUGUGGUGACCAGUUGCCAGGGGUUAGAAAACGAAAUGAUGACAGUUAUCUCAAGUGCACCCAAUAGCCAGGUGGGCGUUAGGUCCCAAGAGAAACACGAUUUUCAAAAAGAUAACUUCAAUAACAACAAUAAUCUGGAUUCUUCCACUAUACAGACAGAUAACACUAAAAAUCAUGUAGUUCUGACAGGAUGUGCUGCACCCACUCGUACCACAGAGAAAGCUAAUCCAGUGAAAGGCUCAGGAAAGAGUCCAGGGACACAAGGACACUGCAUCAGAGAUUCUCGGAAGGAACCAAUAGGGGUUAGGCGGAAAUCCAAGCUUCCCAUAAAGGCCACUGCACCAAAAGAUGUCUUCCCGUCAAACCAUAAACCAGACAGUAAAGCAGGUAAACUGAGGCAGGUUGGUCCAUCUGAGAAAAACAGAACCCUUCCUAUUUCUUCAUGUGUAGAUGCCAAGUCCCGAAUUCCAGUCAAAAACACAUACAGGGAGAACCUAGUUUCAGUCAGAAAAGCAUGUGCCACACAAAAGCGAGGGCAGCCAGAGAAAGGCAAGGCCAAACCGCCUCCAUCCAAGUUGCCAGUAAAGGUAAGAUCCACCUGUGUCACCGUCACCACCACCAACACCACCACUACCACCACCACCAAAACCACCACCGUUAAAGUUAGAGAAAGUCAGCGUAAGGCAGUAUGUAAACAUCCCAUUGAAUAUUUUAAGGGAAUUAGUGGUGAGACCCUAAAACUUGUGGACCGCCUCACUGAAGAAGACAAAAAGAUGCAGUCGGAGUUGUCUGAUGAGGAAGAGAGUACCUCAAGAAACACGUCGUUGUCCGAGACUUCCCGGGGUGGCCAGCCUUCAGUUACCACGAAGUCUGCUAGAGAUAAGAGAACAGAGGCAACACCUUUAAAAGCAAAGAGUGGAAAGGCCGGCAGUAGAAGGACUGGUCCACAGAGUCCUUGUGAGCGGACAGAUAUCAGGAUGGCAAUAGUAGCCGAUCACCUGGGACUUAGUUGGACAGAGUUGGCAAGGGAACUCAAUUUUUCAGUGGAUGAAAUCAAUCAGAUACGUGUGGAAAAUCCCAAUUCCUUAAUAUCCCAAAGCUUCAUGUUAUUAAAAAAGUGGGUUACCAGAGACGGAAAGAAUGCCACAACUGAUGCCUUAACUUCGGUCUUGACAAAAAUUAAUCGAAUAGACAUAGUGACUCUGCUAGAAGGACCAAUUUUUGAUUAUGGGAAUAUUUCAGGCACCAGAAGCUUUGCAGAUGAAAACAAUGUUUUCCAUGACCCAGUUGAUGGUUGGCAGAACGAGACAUCAAGUGGAAGCCUAGAGUCCCCGGCACAAGCCCGAAGAAUAACUGGUGGGUUACUAGACCGCCUGGAUGACAGCUCUGAUCAGGUUCGAGAUUCCAUUACCUCAUAUCUCAAAGGAGAACCUGGGAAAUUUGAAGCAAAUGGAAGCCAUGCAGAAGGCACUCUGGAAGCAAAGGCAAAGUCCUAUUUUCCGGAAUCCCAAAAUGACGUAGGAAAACAGAGCAUUAAGGAGAAUCUGAAACCAAAAACACACGGAUCUGGUCGCACUGAGGAACCAGCAUCACCCCUCGCAGCCUAUCAGAAAUCUCUGGAAGAAACCAACAAGUUUGUCAUAGAAGAUGCACCUAAACCCUGUGUGCCUGUCAGCAUGAAAAAGAUGACUAGGACUUCUGCUGAUGGCAAGGCCAGGCUCAACCUCCACGAAGAAGAAGGGUCCAGCGGGUCAGAGCCUAAGCAGGGAGAAGGCUAUAAAGUGAAGAUGAAAAAAGAAAUUCGGAACGUGGAGAAAAAGACCCACUAGUGACAGUGACGUCCGUCCAGGAUCAUAUGUUCCGUACUGCCAGUAUUGAGAAAUUCACCAGAGAUCAGCCAGAAGGAAAAUAUUUACCAAGAAGGGAGUUUGGAGCUGCUGCCUCUACACAUUAAUGACGUGAUUUUUUUUUAAUGCAAAAGGAAAAAAAGAAAAAACUACUCACAGUUUUUAUUUAGCAUGAGCCAAUUUACAGAGCAUGGAAAUCCACUCUCAUUCCCAGGAUUGACACGUGUGCACUGAGCAAUGCCGUAUAAGAUACAAGAAGCCAUGUUGUUCAGACUUGAUCUCAAGUAACUUGGUGUCAUUUUCAAAGAAAAGAAAACACAACUGUGUGCCAGGAGGGACAGAAGAUGGCAUGAACAGAUCAAGAAAGAAACUCUAAAAUUACUGAAUCCACAACAGCUCGCCUUAUUUUUCUUGGACCCAAUCUGUCAGGGUAUAAACACUAUUUGUUUCUUUUUUUAAAGAAAAAAAUAAAAAUAAACAUCGAUAGUUUUGCUGUAAAUAGUAACACUGUAAAUUCUAACAACAACAAAAAUUAGGAUAAAUGUUGGUAGGCACCUGCCUCAUAGAACACAGACAAGACGUCACAGCCGCAUCUAACAACAGGAGUCCCAAGUGACUUGGCCCUGGACAAGGAGGACGACCUGAGAUGUGCGGGGACUCUUCACUGACUCUUGUAUAUUAGCAAUUAUAAUGUUUGUACACGCAAAACUGCUAGCUUGAUUUUAAAAAGAAAAUGCAAAUCUAAAAAAAAAAUCUGCUGCAAAUUUAAAUAAUUCCCCAAAUGAGGAAUUCUGUAGUUCUGUGAAAAAAAAUUUUUCUUCAGAAUACUAAUAUUUUGAUGCAUGCGUAUCACCCUUAUUUUGAUUAAAUCUUUUCCAAUUUUGCAAACACUACAGUCUCCUGCAACACAGGAGAUUUUAUCUGUAAACACAAAGCCCUUCAUCUAAUAUUUGUUGCUAUUGCCAAUUUUUCAAUGAAAUGACCAAAAAUGGAAAAAAAAAAAAAAGAAACCACACAAAACUAUACAGUAGUUGCUUGGGGGUGGGAGGGGGUGCUGUUAGUGCUUACAGGGGGAAAUGCUUGCCACUGUAGAGGUGGAUGGUGCUCACAAGAGGCCCCAGUCAUGGGUAUUUAAAAAUGGACUGACCAGAAACCCAUAUCUAGGAGAAUGGCAGCACACUGUCAAAAGAGACAAAACAAAAAACAAAAAACAAAAAAAAAAAGUCACUGUUAUUGUGUACUGGCUCUGAGAUGUAGACCCUUUUCAGUAAGCCAAUCACUUGUAACCACCCUCACAGUGUCAUAUUAGGUUAGCAAAGGCUGCAUUUUAUAGGGCAUUUUUUUCUUUGGGUUUCGGUGAGGUUCCUUUAUUCACUAUCUUCACUUGAAAUCAGCCUCCAUGGACACCUAGCUCUAGAUGACAUGUAUGAGAGAAGUGGAUGCUGGAUAACCUAGUCAAUUAUUUAAGCAUAAAAUAAAUUGUGUUCAACUCUUCAACUA